CCUGUUUUCUCCCUUUUUAUGGGCACCUUGAAAUGUGUAUAACGAGUGAUAAGUACGAAGCAAAAUUUAUUGGUGGAUUGACCACAACAGGCGACGGUACAUGUUCAAGCGAACAGACACACGGGAAAAAGAGCACCGACUUCGAUUAUUUGGUCACCUGUUUUCGCACACAGUACAAGAGUUCCCCGACACUAAUGCUGAUGAGUAAUGAUAAUGAGGUUCAUCCAUCUGCACGCUGCUGCGGCUGAGCAUUCCAGUUUCGAUCUCGACGGCUGCACACAAAUAUCCCGUCUAGAGGCUCGAGUUUUCGCACAGCAGCUGCAACAACAGGAAGAGUUACGUGCGAGCUGUGAAAUCAGCGCGUGCCUCACGAAAUGUCUGCAAUGGAACCAUCCGCGCCAGAAGGAACAGCCAAAGGAUCCCAAUGGUCUGAAGCAUCAAUAACCAGUGCGCCACUGGCAAUGUCAUCUACACUCCCAGAUCGGGAGCCACAAGAAAGGCCGGACAAAUCCGCAAGGAGGAAGCAGGACGAAGUGAUCUCCACUAGUAAGGAUGACUUGCAUGGUCUCCCACCAUCCAAAGAACCAAUUCUGCGCCAACCAUUUAUGAUUGGUGGUAAGAAGCCAGGGAUUUCAGACAUAAUUCGCCAGCUAACGCCAUGCAGCCAGGAGUGGUACAAGGCGGUUCCAAUGAACUGGCAGGUGAACCCAGCCAAGAAUUUGGAGAAGUUACCUUCACCAAAAGUCCAGGAUGCGCGUUCUCCAGCUAUGCUCCUCUUAGGCGGAGUCAACAUAUCCUCACUGAGUGAGGUCCUCACAGGAUCCCUGAUGCUGCGCUACAAUAUAGAAGAGCGCAAGUGGAAUUCCUGUAACCCGAUGCCCAUCUUGCGGUACGGACACAGAUGCGUGUAUUUCAACGAAGAAGUAUACAUGAUUGGAGGUUUUGACAACCGCGACGCCACACACGGUCUGCGUAUGUCCACAAGCACCUGCUUCGUCUUUAACGUUCGAGAAGGCGAAUGGAGGAACGCGGCCCCCAUGAACCAGUCCAGGGGAUACCACGCCGUCGCAGUACUCGAGGAUCGCAUCUACGCAGUCGGUGGAGUUGACACAACAGGCUUCCUCUCAAGCGUCGAGUGGUACAGUGCGGACGAUGACACCUGGACCAUCCUGGAGAAAGAACUCUACAAAGGCCGAAUGGGGAUGGCUGCAGCAGCUUUCAAGGGCAACCUCUGGGUCGUCGGAGGCAUUGUACAGAUCACGCCACAGCACACGUGUGCCACUGCCUACGUCGAAAUAUACAAUCCCAAGCAAAAGCAAUGGACAUACGCUGCUAGCUAUCUGUCCACUCCCAGAGCGUGCGCUACGCUGCUAAACGUCGACGACACCGAACUCUAUUGCUUCGGGGGUAUCUUCUAUGAUCCUUCGAAUGCGACACGAAGGUUAAUAACCUGCAACGACAUUGCUGCUUAUGUGGAUGCACAUACAGCCUGGAAGAAGGUUGCAACCAUGCCAGAGCCACGUCACAACGCGCACCUUCUCCGCUUUAAGGACCGUACAUUUUUGGUAGGAGGUCAGAGCAUGGAGUCACCAAGCAAACAGUUAACCAGCAUCGUGGUGGACGAUGGAAAAUUCAAGUGGAAGAGCGUGGGUGUUGUGCCUCUCCCCAUCUCUGCAUACGGCAUAGUUAUUAUUCCACCUUCGGAAUGACAAUGGCCUUCAUAUGGUCCGUGUUCACACCUGACUGCAAACGCCCUGCCUAUAUCAAGACUGCCAAGUUCAUGUAUAAUAACCAUGUAUAAAAUCAUAUCUUACGGA